AAAUUUGGUACCUAUUGCAUAUGUAGUGUCACUCAACCUAAUAUGGUACUAUAAAGUACUAUGCUACCUAGAUGAUGAUGACAUUGCUGGUGUGUCCUUGAAUGUUUACAUUAGAUGGCCUGGUAAAAACAUUAGUGCAUUUUCAGUUAAACUGAUACCUUUUUUUUUUUAAUUAUUAAUUUUCCUUUUCUUCAGAUACUGAAUCUGCUAAGGCAUCUAGAAGACAACUGAAAGAGACAAUCUACUCAGUGCUGUUCCAUAUGAAUGUUCCCAUUGUUUGUGCCAUCAAUCAGGUCCUCUGGGCUCUUUCAUCUUUAAGAAGACUAGAGUAACUUACAAGAGAAGAAACAUUGAUGGGGUGGAAUAUCAAAUUGUGAAAUGAUAACCAUGAGGAUAGCUUUCAAGCCUACUUCUACAAUUGCAAGGAAACAACAUACAGUGACCAGAGACCGACAUGAGACUGAACUCAUUGCAUGAGGAUGCCAUGAUCCUUGUGUGGUCCCUCGAGCUGUGCCGAUGGUGGAAGCCAUGGUUGCUUUGGUUAUUUUGGAUCAAUUGAUGGUGCGGUAUGCACAAUGUCAGCUGCUACCCAUCAACCCUUGCCUCCAAGAACUUGUGGAGGCACCAAAGCUUGAGAUUGUGGAGAAACUUCUAAUUGCUGCCAUUGCAGAUGCUGAUGUUAGUGUUCGUCAGUCAGUCUUUCUAUCUCUGUAUGGAAAUGGAGGUUUCGAUGAAUUUUUGGCACAGGCUAAUAGUUUGAGUGCUAUCUUUGUUGCUCUUAAUGAUGAGGAUUUUGAUGUUCGAGAGUUUGCUAUAUCAGUUGCUGGUAGAUUGUCUGAAAAGAAUCCAGCAUAUGUUCUGCUUGCACUUCGUUGCCAUCUCAUACAAUUGUUGAUGCAUCUUGAGCAAAGUGCAGAUAGCAAAUGCAGAGAAGAAAGUGCUAAACUCUUGGGUUGCCUAAUUCGCAGCCUAAUGUUGUAGUAGACGUAAUCGAAAAUCAAAAGUAGCCUUCAUAUAUGGAGAUGGGUAGUUAUGAUGCAAUGAUUAUGCAGAAGCUUGUUGCCAUGCAGCAGUUGGAACGUGAGCUUGAGGCCAUCUCUGCCAUUGAUUAUCAGGGAAAUAUGUUAUUCCUAGUGAAGAAGUUCUUGUAGGUCUGUAUUGAUUUAGUUUAAUCGCUUCAUUGAGGUUGAGUUUAAAUAUUGUUGGUGGUUAUCUUCCUUUGGCAGGAACGUUUGGAGGAUCUAGUAGGUAAAAAUGCCCAAGAGAAAUUUGAUGCUGCUAUAGAAACCCUUUUACAAGAGCUUCCAGAUGAAAGAAAUGUUAAUAAAAGACCGGAUGAUUCAAAACAGAUACAGGAAAAGUCAAAGAAAAAGAAAAAGAGAUUAUAGAAGAGAUAAGAAUAUAAAUAUUUGUGGAACCUAUUGUUGUGUAACAGUUUGAUUGUGUUUGUUUUGAAAACUUUUAGUAGAUUGUUGUUAACUAUUUUGUUGGUAUUAUGGCUUUCAUGAUUGAUUGUUUCA